CGUUGAUCCUGCCCAGAGCAGUUUGUUGUUGUAGAAGAUGUCACUUGUUCGUGGCAUAAUGCUAAGUGCUACUAGGUCAAAAGCCUGGAGCGUCGGAAGAGCGUCCUCAGCGCUUCUGUACGCGGCUGGCGCGCCGGGCAAGGCGUUGGUGCAGCCUUCUCAGAUGUCCCCGCUGGUGUCCACCUUUGCCGCGCAGUACAGCAGCGCGUCAGCCCAGCGGCAGCCCGCGCAGCCCGCGUACGAGGACAAAGUGCGGCUCAGCGAGUCGUGCGUGAAGAGGCUGGGGGAGAUCCUGGUGAAGGGGGAGUAUCUGCGCAUCUCAGUAGAGGGUGGCGGCUGCUCCGGAUUUCAGUACAAAUUCUCUGUGGACAACAGCAGGAACCAGGACGACAGGGUGUUUGAACAGGAUGGCGUGGGGGUGAUCGUGGACCAGGAGUCUCUGGAGUUCGUGAAGGGCUCGACGGUGGAUUUCACGCAGGAGCUGAUUCGCUCGUCCUUCCAGGUGCUGAAGAAUCCGCAGGCUGACCACGGCUGCUCGUGUGGCUCCUCCUUCUCCGUCAAGCUCUGACCUUUGACCCCAAGCUGCAGGUCAGCGUUGCGGAGGGGUCGCGGAGAGAGAGACCCCUGCAGUCUUCAGGCGCUGCUUCACAGAUCAGACUUGGUACUCUCUCACCUUGCAGAAGAGAGAGUGAUUCCACCUGCACCUGCUCUUCUUCAAUUCUAAUCUAUUCAGCUAUUCAUCAGAAAUAAAUAGAAAUAUAGAAAUAAACAUAAACAUAAUGGCAUCAGCACAUUCACUGCAUUGUAAAGUACGGGGUCCUGAAUGUGAAGUAACUCUGAGCACGCAGAGUUGGAUGUGAUCACUAAGCUCCGCCUCUGUCCUUUGUGAUGUCAGGAGACGUGAGUGUAGAUAUGAAAGUGUGUAAAUAUAUUUAAAGUAUUAAAGUGUGAAAUAUAAA